CUUGAGGGUGGGAAUUUGCUUCUGCUCUUGCGGUCCGGCAGCAUGUAGCCGGUCCGUUGUUUUGUCCUUGCAAGUCAAUUCCUCGCCUUUGUUGCAUGCUGAUAGUUACACUUCAGCAAAGAUACUUUUGAAUACUGUCUUCAUAAUGAGGAUAACUAGGAGGUAACGGCCCAACAAAAAUUCGGUAUUGCCGAUUUAUAUAGGGGAAACCUAGUUACUUUGCUCUGUAUCACUUAUUUACCAUUCAUAUUCAUGGGACUGAGUGGAUAUCUACCAUGUAUACCUGGCCUUUUUGUCUACUGUAGCAAUUCCUGCUCUUGGAAAUAAUUUCAGAAGGUUGCUGCGUGUGAAACUAAAGAAUAGACCAAAUGUCUGAAAAUGCCCAGUGUUUACUCUAAGUUUUCUCAUAUACUGUGUUUGGCCUAACAUAUAUUAGAAGGGUUAUGCCUUUGCUCUGACAACAUCUGAGAUGCUUCUGCCUGGACUUUCUCCAUCAGCUGUUGCAACUUUGUGCUGGAUUGCAGAGUUUUCCUGUAACUGUGUUAAAGAACGCAACUGCACUGAGCCGGUGAAUCUGAGCCUAAUUCCAGCCACACCAAGGGAGAUCCUUGGGUUCAAACAACAGGCUGCUGAGCUAAAAAGGAAAUCUUCAUACCCAGUUAAAAUGUUUCAUAAAAGGGAGAAGAAAGGAGACAAAGACAUAAUAGCAACAGAAAACUAUUUUCUCUAUGAUGCUGCUUCAUGGUAUGCUCCGGAUUUCAAGGUUUCUUCCGAAUAAUGCUAUCCAACGCUUCAUCCAAAUCUGCUACAGAGAGGCUACUUGGUUUAAGUCAGCUCCUUUUAAGCAAGCUAAAAAAAGGUGGUUGUGACUGAUAGUAAUGUCUGGAGGCACAGAUGACAAUUCUUCCAUUAAAGUCAUGUGUGGCGUCAGCAGCUGAAUUCAAAGGGAGGGGACUCUUGCAUUAAGACCUCUGGCAGAGUUUAGUUGAAUGAGGAAUGGAAAUUGUCAUUUACCUGAGGAGAAAUGUGUCUUCCCACCUGUUUGGACUACAGCUCCUCACUGUCACCUCGAGCAGAAGACCGUUCAUGAGGAAAACCAGGUACUGUUCUCCCAACUCCCUGGGGUUUUCCUCUCAAGUCAUUCUAAAAACGGACCACCACCUCACCAAAGGGAGUGUUUGUGCUGACACGAGAUUCAGAGACGUCAGAGUCUUCCAAAGGAGGUAGAGUGAAGAGCAGAUACUUUGACCAUAAAAAUAGGGAUCACACAAGAGGAAGUGAAUAAAUUGAUCUUGACUGUCUCAGACCUGCUGUACAUUGUCGUUCUCUUUUAAUAAAACUGUUCCUAGGUCUCACAUCGGGGCUCAAGUGUUUGCAGUGUCAUCCUCAUCUGCAUCUGUUCAUUUUUCUCUGACAUCCAAGAAACGUCUAAACUCAUCAGAAUCAUUGUGAAGAAUGAAAAUUAAAAUAGGUAGUCCUCUUUUUUUUCUGAAGAAGUCCCCUAUUGCCUUCCUUGUUAUUCUACAAUUCUCUGUGAUGUUUCUAAUAUCAGGUGUUGAAUGGUGCAACAUGACCUUGCGCAGAGCAAAGAAGAGCUGAAGGAUACCUUUAGAAAGAGCCUGACGGCUCUCCAAAUGGUUCUGGAUAUCUGAGUCAUGGACAGUUUUGAAACUGGUCACAGGCUGAUUUAACAAGGAGCAAAUCACAGUAACAUUAUUAAACAAGCAAACAAAUAAAGCUCUAUUAUUUCCUGAAAUAUGCAAGGGGUGUCCUGUCAUCACAGAGAAUCUACACCCAGUACUGCAAAUCUCACCAUUGCAACCAUAGAGAAGCACUGGAGUAACCCAAGCAUACUGACUAUUUCCCAAAGAAAAAAAAAGAUAACAAAUGUGAAUCUUAAUUACCAAAACCAGUAUAUUAAGAAGAAAAAAGAUAAAGAGCUUAAUGGUUACAGAUCUAGAAUGGUUUUAAUAGGAAGACAGAUAGAAUAGAUUAGGUUUGGAAGAAGAAAACCAUAUGGUGAUAUAACAGGUCCUUCAAGCUUAUCUAUGGUAUAAAGAAAACAUAUAGGAAGCAAUAAUUGGUUAUUUCCCAUAGCUUCAUUUGAUGCCUUAUAGUUCUUGUGUUACCAAAUAGAAGUUGUGAAGCAAAAUAUCGUCUCUAUAACAUGUAGUGACAUUUUGGAAGUGACUGCCAUAGGAUAUUUUUGACGCAAGAAAUACCAGAGUUUUCAAAUGGAGGAUUAAGCUAUCAGGAAAAACAUCCACUGAAGGCUAUUACUCUUACGCUGAUACAGCUUUUGAUUUUAAAGUACCUAAGUUGCAGAUUUCCAGACGCGGGGAGACAAUACCUUCAGAAGCGUUCUUCUCCAUUUGCUUCUUACAGUCCUGCUACUAGCAGUAAAGUACAAGAUACUGAACAGACCUUUGGUAUAAAGGUCAUUGAACUUAUGGCCUAUGAUUAUAUAGCCAUUCUUAUGUUAGAGAUAUAGUUCUAUUUUAUGUCAUCUUGGAAUAUAAUCAGUGGCAAACUGAUUAUGUAAAGGAGGCAAAACUAUACUUUUCUGCCUCUUCUCUGAUGAUAACUCUGCUUGCAGCUACACCACAAGUUGAGGAGCUCCCAAACUGAGAUCCAGUUUGAAUCAACACUAGUCACAGAGAUCCAGCUUGUAGAGAUCCAAAGCUGUUACCAUCUUGGAUCUAAACCAAUAUAGCAUUCAUAGAAAAUGUCCUGGAACUUAAGUCUGUUAGUAUUCCUUUAGCUAUACUGCGUAACCUUACUGCUGCUAUACCAUCAGCCUACCACCUAAGCAAGCAGGGAGGUGUCCUACUCAUCAUUUUUCUGAAAAGGAAGUGUCAUGUAUGCAGAACAACAUUAGUGCUUCUUUACUUCUCAGAAGUAAAGUUCUUCCUGAAGUGACUUGUCGAAGUCAGUAUGGACUGAUACUCAGUAUCAAGCAGACAGGUCUUCUAUCAUCCCAAGACAUCCCUUAGUCUGUGGAAGUGCCGCCUGCCACACUGACGCUAAGAAGGAAUGAAUGCUUACUUUGUAAUGGUUUGAUGUCUUUAGCUGACGUGGGCUUUGAAUAAUAAAAUUUAUAUUCAUACGUGGCAAGAGAAAGCAGCAGCGGGUCUGUCCGGCUUUGAGAGAUUCUUUUGCUCACUGACGUUCAUCAUAGCCUCGUUUGAAAAAGGAUGCACUCUGACAACAGCAUCUGGAAGAAUCUGUGUUACGCGAAGCAACUGUUCUCUCUGUGGCGAGGCAUGAAAUCUGCUGCCAGGAAAUACACUUUUGAAAUCAUAAGGAUUCUGACUAAUUUGGUCUGGAGGCUCUUGCCCAGUAUUUUAAGAUACAGUGUUCUAGGAGCGAAGACUUGACUGAUCAUGAGAAGACUCUGGAACUUACGUGCUUACAUCAGAGCGUGAUCAGUGUCCUGUUUGUGGAUCUACAUUGAGAUAUGAAGUGUGUAGAAAUAACUGUAAAAUCUCAUUCUUCUAGUUCUCUUGGAAGAACACAGUUUAAAGUGGUAAUUAAAGCACUUUCUCCAAAAGAAAUCAGCAGAAUUUAUGCCCCUAACCCUUUGGAUAGGAACGAUGGCACAUUUCUUAUGCGCUAUCGGAUGUAUGGGAGUGUCCGAAAAGGGUUAAAAAUUGAGAUACUUUAUGGUGAUAAGCAUGUAGCUCGGUCUCCUUAUAUUUUGAAAGGACCAGUUUAUCAUGAGUAUUGUGAUUGUCCUGAAGAAGACCCUGAGAUCUGGCAGAACAUUCUCUCUUGUCCAACCCAAGAACCUCGGAUUACUGAGGACUUCACUUCUUUUCCUACCAUUGACCUGCAGCGAAUGCUCAAAGAAAUCCCCACAAAGCUCAGUCAAACAAGAGGUGCUAUUGUUCAUUACACUAUUCUCAAUAAUCACAUCUACCGUCGUUCCUUGGGGAAGUACACAGACUUCAAAAUGUUCUCCGAUGAAAUGUUGCUUUCACUGGCAAGAAAGGUUCGUCUUCCUGAUGUUGAAUUCUAUCUUAAUGUUGGAGAUUGGCCAGUUGAGUAUCGAAAAGUUAAUGAUACACCUGGACCUAUACCUAUCAUUUCAUGGUGUGGCUCUGUGGAUUCAAGAGACAUAGUCCUUCCAACAUAUGAUGUAACCCAUUCAACUCUUGAAACUCUACGUGGUGUCACGAAUGAUCUUCUUUCUAUUCAAGGCAAUACAGGUCCUUCCUGGGAAAACAAAACCGAGCAAGCUUUAUUUAGAGGUCGAGACAGUCGGGAAGAACGUCUCUAUCUUGUCAAGUUAUCCAAGGAAAAUCCAGAACUACUUGAUGCUGGAAUAACAGGAUAUUUCUUCUUCAGAGAAAAAGAAAAAGAUCUGGGAAAGGCUCAGCUGAUGGGCUUCUUUGACUUCUUUAAGUACAAAUACCAAGUGAAUGUAGAUGGGACGGUAGCAGCUUACAGAUUUCCAUACCUCUUGCUGGGUGACAGCCUAGUAUUGAAGCAGGCUUCCCAGUACUAUGAGCACUUCUAUACUGAAUUAAAGCCAUGGAAACACUAUGUUCCCGUUAAGAGGACUUUAGAAGACUUGCUAGAGAAAAUAAAAUGGGCUAAGGAAAAUGAUGAAGAAGCAAGAAAAAUUGCUAAAGAAGGACAGUUAAUGGCAAGAGAAUUGCUUCAGCCUCACAGGCUUUACUGCUACUAUUAUAAAGUGUUCCAGAAAUAUGCCAAACGCCAAGCCAGCAAACCUGAAAUACGGGACGGAAUGGAACUUGUACCUCAGCCUGACGACAGGGACUCAGUGUGCAGCUGCCACAGGAAAAAGCCUCUAAGGGAAGAUCUCUAACUGUACCGGAUGGAGAAAAUCAUUCACUUAUGAUGCAAGAAUUUUAAUAGGAUUUAAGCUGUGAAAUCUAAGGACACUUAGGCACUAGCAUACAUUCUUAGUUAAGUAUUCUAUUAUAUUUACAUAUCCUUUUUUAAGCUGGCUCUGAUUUGCAACGUUGGUUCCCAGAGUUUCGUCUCCGUGAGCACCACCAGGCGGGAGCCUCCAGGGGACUUGUCUGCUGUACUGGAUCGUCAGGAAGAAGAGCGCAGUGCUCCUUCUGGUCCAGCUAGGUACCACAGUUGUACGGAGAACCAGUCAUCCCCAAGAGAUCUUCCAUGAGUCAGUGCAAAUUAUUCUAAAGGAGCAUUUGCAACAUACUAAAACAGUGUUAUGAUCUCUUCAUAAAGUUUACCUCAGCGUUAGAGGGACUCUUGUAUACAAAACAGUUUUCUAACUAGACAAAUAAAAUCAGUAUUUGAGAUUUACAGAUUUCAAAUCUGGUGUGGCGUUGAGAUUAGUUUGGGGUGUAUGGCAGAUAACAGAAUAGAGAACGCAUGAUUUAAUAUUUAUCAGUUUCAGAAGAAAAUGGAGGGGGAAAGAUCAGAAUAAUGUUUUUACAAGCAUCAUGGCUGUGAAUCAGCAAAAUUAAAUGCUACUUUAAAGUAGGCUAUGUAGCUAUCAUCAUUACUGUGCUUUCAGUGCCAAGAUACUGAAGACCUGUUCCCUGCUCUGCCGCUGACUGUGGCUGUGAAUAUAAGCAGAAAUCCACAAAAGGCUGUGGGAACUUCAGGUGGGAGCUGGGUGAAACACAGGCAUCUUAGUUCAACAGUACAGACUACCGUAUUCUGGGUUACCUGGGCAUUCAUGCUUCUGAAGCUUAGUAAAGGCUUAGAGUACCUAGGUUUCACUUCUGUGUAAAGCUAAAAAUGCCACCAUCUUUUCACUUUGGUUCAUGAGCUACUUCUUCCUGUGCACAAGUCCCCUAAAGGGAGCUUAUCCAUUUUCUGAAUUUAGAUCACACCAACCUCACCUUAUACUGACAGCACUGAACUCAGCAGAGAGCGGAUCAGCUAUCACUGUUUUCAUUCAAACGUAUGACAGAAAAAGCUAUGCUGUGUUUUUCUAUGUAAUAGUCUAGGGAUUAAAGACCAUGCUGAGCUAGCGGGAAGCCAAGC